GGUUUUAAUUACGUUCUCAACAAUGUCGCGAGUGUCUCACACCAUUUAAAUGAACAAUUUUUAAUUACUUUUGCAAAAAAUCGCGAUUUACUUUACUGUACGCUGAUGCAAAGGUCAAAAGAACCAACAACUCACAUUUCAAUAUUCAUUCUCGGUCUAACCAUAUUACACCUCCUAUUCAUCACAAGAACGAGCGCCAAAAAUAUUCCAUACGCAAUCACGAGAGAAAAAAUAAUGGUCAAUUGACUGACAGAAAGCGAAUUCAAAAAAAAAAAAUCAAAAUAGACUAAAAAUACCUGGAACAUUUUGUCACAAUGCAUAUCCAUAACUUCUUUCUCACAUUAAUCAUAUACACGUUUACGUUUAGCAUGAGAAUGAAACCCUAUAAUGCAAACUCGAGUCAAAUAGUUUCGGAAUUUUUCUCAGAUGAACACAACUCAUUCUACAAUUUGGCAGUAGAUGAAAAUGAAGGAUGGGUGUAUGUAGGUUCACGUAACCGCCUCUAUCAAUUAUCAGCAGAUCUGAAAUCGCAUAUCAACUACACUUCAAUGGAAUUUAAUUCUUCGGUUUAUUGUGAAAACGUCUUGCUUGAACUAGAUUAUCUUAACCAACAACUAAUAGCGUGCCAUAAGUGUUAUCCCCAUGACAGAGCCCUACCGGUAUGCCGUGCACAUAAUAUCCGUAAUAUUUCAGAAAUAUUGGCAAAUGCAACUGAAUAUGAUUCAUUACCAUGGCGAUCUGUACUCUUCAUGGGUCCUAGCUUAAUACAGAACUCAUCCGCACUGUAUUCUGGCUUAAAUUUUGUAAUGGAUCCAAAAAUAACCAUUCGACACCUAGACCGAGAACGCUUGUUAUCAUAUGACAAACAAAUCAUUCUGAACUACGACCCCGGAUAUAACAGAAUAAUUUACGGCUUUAAUUCGGGAGAUUUCAGCUAUUUUCUCACCGCAGGAAUCUCGGUCAGUCAGCAAGCGAUUAAUUCAGAGGUCUCGAUAGGAGUAAACUUAAUUGAGAUAAGACAUGGAGGCCAAAACUAUCAGUUUGAUGAUAUUCCCUUAACUUGUUGUACUCAUGAGCAGAAAUUAAUAAAUGAGACCCUGGCGGAUGCAAUCUGGCUCAAAUACGCCUACUUCUACGAACACAAAUCAGACUCUGAAUUGAAAACAGAUUCACAUGAAAUAGAUGACAAAAUUUUGUUUACUGUGGCAUCCAGUUCGGUUGGUUUUAAAGUAUGCGCAUAUAAUAUGAAUAAUAUACACUCAACAAUUCAGAAACGCAGGGGGCUGAAUGGAGAAAUCAUAUAUGAACAAGUGGGGGAUACUGGUGUGAGUGCCAUGACAGUCACCUCAAUAAAUAACCACAUAGUCUUGUUCAUUGGUACAUAUGGAGGUCAUCUACUUAAGAUAUCAAUAAGACUUGAUUCAUUUCGUGCCUAUACGGCAAAAAUUGUUGCGGAUAUCACGAUUGAAAGAUUUUCAGGAAUUUAUAAUAUGCUGUUCGAUACUAAAAAGAAUUUCUUAUACGUAAGGACUUACACAAAAAUUGCCAAAAUCAAAAUACACAAUUGUGACGAAUACAACACAUCAUAUUUAUGUUUAAGUGCAAAAGAUCCUUAUUGUGGAUGGUGUGUUCAUAGUAAUAAAUGUUGCUUGAAAUCACAGUGUAAUUAUGAGCAAAAUAGCGUCAACUGGAUCUCGCAUGAAAUCGACAAAUAUGUAAACAAAUAUCCAAGUCCAAGAAAUAAAUUUUCAAGAAAAGCGGAAUGGAAUGUAACCUUCAAUCUAUUGAAUUCACACCCGUUCAAGUUCAACGAUCACAAAAUAAUAUGCUCUUUUAGAUUCAACAACAGUAUAAUAAAUACUACAACAAGCGUAAGUAAUGAAAAUCAAAUCAACUGUGUAAUACCAAGUUAUGAAGAUUUGCCUCCGACACCUUACAAUGAACAUUCCAUCAAAGCUCAGUUAUCGAUACAAACAAACCUUUUCCCGGUAUUUCAAAAAAUCGAGGUGGAGUUUUUUGAUUGUAGUACAUAUAAAUUAUGUACACAAUGUGUAAGUUCUACUCCAUGCAACUGGCAUAUAAAUGAACAGAAGUGUUCAGAUGAAGCAAUUCGAAGCUACGAUGAUACAAUACCAGGUGAUUAUUUCAAUGUAUCCGAUUUUCUAAUAACGGAGUAUGAGGGAAACAACUAUCAUACCUGCCCAAGGUUUCAUCUUAAAAACAGACACGUAUACUACAUACACGCCAAUGCCGAAAAGAAAGAAAAAUUCGCCGCACGGAUUACAAUCCCAAAAAUAUUAAUUAAUGAAUCAUUUACAUGUAGAUUUGACACUGAAGAAAACAGAACCAUCGCAUCUGCAAGCCUGCAAUAUGUGUUCCUGUUUCGUUGGGAUCUGAAUGUUCGUCAUGAGGUAGAUGGAUAUCAAGCCGACAUCAAAUGUGAUGAUACAAUAUUCACAUACACUACUCCAAAAUCUAGCAUAACUGUCAAAUGGUAUAUUUUAUGGAAUGGAUCAAAACAUCUUGAAAAUUUCUACAAUGAUAGUAUUGUGUUAUAUAAAUGCGCCAACAUGGGUAAUCAGUGCGCAAAUUGUUUAAAUACAAAUUACGAAUGCGUAUGGAAUUCAAAAACAGGGGAAUGUAAAUACAACGACAGCUCGCUUGUAGCAUCUGACAUCAAUAAUCAUUGGUUAAAUGACAGAGAAAAAUGCUCAAAUGAGCCCUUUGUUAUAGAAAACAUUAAAAAUCAAACAAAUUGGUUAACAGACAACAUCUAUUGGAUCAUUAUUAUCAUAAUUGCAGUAAUCCUUACAACAGUCGCAGUAUUCUUCAUUUAUUGUAGAAACUCCGCUGAAAAAUCGCGGAAAAUGCAACAGCAACUUAAUAAAAUGGGUAUGGAAAUGAUAGCUGUGUCACAAUGGGUAAAACGGGUAGUGAUCGAAAAUGAAAUCGAAUUAAAUGAAAAUGAAUCAAACAUGUUGGUAAGUACCUAUGUACUUUUUCACAAAUUUGCACAUGAACGGUCUACAAGCGAUUAUAUGCUGGUAUCAAAGAUGUUGAAAGACCGCCUAAAGUAUUUUUUUUAAAAAAUCGAAUCUUUGGAAAACUUUGAGCUUGCGUGGGGGGGGAUCACCAGAAAAUCCGACCUUUUUCCUAAGUCUUAAUGAGGUCAUUUGGCCAUGACUUUUUGCUAGGGGCAAUAAAAAUUCGAAAAAAGUUGAAAAAAAUCUAGGUAUGUAAUAUGGUGCUUAACUGAAUUGAUCAGUCAAAAACUAUUAAGUAUGUCAACCAGUAAGUAAUUUUAAAUAACUAAUUUUGGCAAUUCCUUUUAACUGUAUUUACAUAUCACCAAAAAGUAACCAGCAAAAAACGUACUUAUUAUGAGCUUGUAAAACGCGUACAAAAAAUUUUAAUACAGAAGAAAAUCACACAAAAAAAAACACAAAAUACCUUUGAAAAAAUUACGAAACAAAACGUUCAAAUUAAAAUCUGAUGGCUAAACUCAAUCGGAUUUUAGCAAUUUCAGCGAAAAACAGGACUUGUUGGCAAAAAGUUGAUAGCGGAAGAAUUAUACCUACACUUUUCAAUUUUUGUGAAAAUAGUAAGACCACCUUGGGCGAGUUUUUUGUGAGGGGGGGGGGAAUUUCAGUAAAAAAAGAAACUUUAUGCGGCAAUUGUAAUAAAUGACAAGACUUUUUGCUAUCUUUGGUUGAACUAUUAUGACAAUUUCAGCAAAAGUUUACAAUUUUUUGGAAGUUUUGGCAAAACAGUGAAACUUUUUAGCAAAAAAAUAAGACAUUUCCCAGCAAUUUACGGAAGAAAAUUAAAGUUUCUUGAAAUUUUAAGUAAAUAGCGAGACUUUUCAAAAACCCUGCUAAAAAUAGAAUUUUUCCAAUUCUUGGCAAAAAGCCGGACUUUUUGGCAAUUAUUGACAAAAAUUGCUUUCAUUUCAGAGAUUACCAAACGUCACUAUCCAAUACACAUCUAUUCCAAGAUUUGCUGACGAUGCAACUGCACCGAAAGACGAAUAUGAAUUACCACCCGAUGAUAAGUGGGAAAUCCCUCGAAAAAACAUCGUUCUGGGAAAAUGUUUAGGAGAAGGACAGUUUGGAAAAGUUGUCGAAGGAAAGGUUUUAGGCCUAUUACAGCAGAACGUCGUCACAACAGUAGCAGUAAAAAUGUUGAAAAAUAGCCACACUGACGCAGAUAUGGUUAAUUUAGUCACGGAGAUGCAACUGAUGAAAAUCAUCGGCAGACAUGAAAAUGUACUAAGACUACUCGGUUGUUGUACAAUCGAUGGACCUACACUUCUCAUCAUCGAAUACUCCUCGCAUGGAAAUUUACUCGAUUUCCUCCAAAAAAAUCAUCACCCCACCACAGCCCAAAAAGUUACACAAAAUGAUUUGUCUGAAGAAGUACUAAUUACGUUCGCUCUGCAAAUAGCAAAAGGCAUGGAGUACUUGGCUUCCAUUAGAUUCGUUCACCGAGACCUCGCAGCUCGAAAUAUUCUAGUAUUUGACAACCAUGUCGUGAAAAUAGCUGAUUUCGGAUUAACCAGAGAUGUUCGACAAGUUGACUACUAUAAAUUAAAAACCGGUGGUAAACUUCCAGUCAAAUGGAUGGCACCCGAAGCCUUAACGGACAGACGUCACACGUCAAAAUCCGACGUGUGGUCAUACGGGGUAUUACUUUGGGAGAUUAUGACAUUGGGUGAUGAACCUUAUCCGUUAUAUAACGAUGCAGAAAAAUUAAUGGAAGACAUCGAGUCAGGAUAUCGUUUAAAGAAGCCCGCCAACUGUUCGAUCAACAUGUACAGUCUAAUGUACAAAUGCUGGAAUUAUCUGCCCGAAGAUCGACCUCAAUUUACAAAUAUUAUUAAAGGCUUGGAUGCCGUACUGAUGAAUUGUGACAAAACUAUCGAACAACCUGAUCCUCAAAGCUCAAACCUUUCAACAGAAUCCGAUGACACAGCUGAUGAAACCAACGAUCUACAAGACGUAUAGUUAAAACUGUUGUGAAUAAUUUCAAGUUAUCUAUUUUUGUUGAAAUUAUAAAUAUACUUGUACAUAUACUAUGACAGGGUGGUGAGCAGAGAAACCAGCUCCAUUUAAAAGUGAGAUACGUUUUUGAAAUAAAAAAAUAGCUAUAGAUUAUCUUUUUUUUCUUUUUAAUAAAAAGAACCUUCAUUUUGGCCUAUUUUGAAAUGUAAAAUAUCUAUUUCAAUUCGAAUUAUUUUUUUAAAAUCAAAGAAUUUAAAUGAGCAUCCAUAUUUUCAACACAAUUGGUAAAUCAUUUUUCUAAAUUCACAAAUACUUUUUGCAAAAAUACUACUCUGUGGAAUUGCCUCAAUUUUAGUCUGAAUAUUUAAUUUAUUUCUUAAAUUAUAAAUUUUUGAAAACUUCGGCGUCGCAUCGCUCAGGCCUGUGAGUUUUUUUUAUUUUUUGAAAAUCAAACUUUCUAAAAAUCUAUUACUCACAUUCAAAAAUGUUGAAAUGAAAAAAUAAAACUCCUUCCAUAAAAAAAGACUUUUUUUACUUCUCGAAACUCAAUUUUCGAAGUAGAAAUUUCUGAAAAACCAUCAUCAAAGUUCUAAAAUUUCGAAACUAAAAAAUCCAACUCCGCCCAUGAAAAAACAUUGCUUUUUCACCCAUAUAGGUAAAUACAAAUUUUCCAAAGCUUUUGUCCUCUCUACGCUCGGGCUAAUUUGUUUCCAGUUGUUUUGCAAAAUGAAAAAUUUCAUGUGUGAGAUUUCUAAAAAUUGAACAGGAAAAACGAAUAAGAAGAUCUGCCUAUAAGUACCUAAUGCAAAUUAGUAUAAAAUUGUUGCCUCACCUUGGGUAAAUUUUCGGUUUGCAACCCCCCCCCCCCAACAAAACCUUUGGGUUCGUCCCUGCACUCGAGGUUAUACUACCUACUUAUAUAAAAGGCUGGAACCAACUAUCUAACAGCUUGUGAAAUCCAUUCCCCUCUUCUGUUACGCUGAAGAAGCUACUACAUAUUUUGAAAAGGGCACGGUUUCUCUGCUUCACCCUAUUGUAGGACGUAGGUACAUAAAUGUAAGUACAUCGAGUAAUCUUGUAAACUUUUCCCAAUCAACUGAGUACCUAAUUCAGAUUUACCUCUUUUAAAGUACACCCAGAGUUAUUGAUUCUGGUAAAUUAAAGAUGAUACGAGUAUUCAAUAAACUACUAAAUUGAUUUUUUUUUUCAAUCAUGUUAAGUAUAGGUACCUACUACGUAGUACGUAAGUUUAGUGCUUAGAACUGAGGGUAUUAACCAAACCUUGAGCUUUUUUUCUAUUUUUAUAUCUAAUGAUUAGUGCACUGUGCACGUAAGUACAUUACAUUGCUGUGUAUAUGAAAUAACUAAUAAUAAGUAAUAAAUAUUUUCUAAAUUCUUA